UUAUGCUAAGGGAGACUAGCUAGUUAGCUAUCAACAACCCUUAUGCUAAGGGAGACUAGCUAGUUAGCUAUCAACAACCCUUAUGCUGAAGGAGACUAGCUAGUUUGCUACCACCAACCCUUAUGCUAAGGGAGACUAGCUAGUUAGCUAUCAACAACCCUUAUGCUAAGGGAGACUAGCUAGUUAGCUAUCAACAACCCUUAUGCUGAGGGAGACUAGCUAGUUAGCUAUCAACAACCCUUAUGCUGAGGGAGACUAGCUAGUUAGCUACCAACAACCCUGCACAAAACCUGUGGCUAACUCUGCUGCACUUUGACUUUCUGCCUGCUCGGCUCUCUCAUUCACUACUUCCUGUUCUGCCCUCUCAUUCACUACUUCCUGUUCUGCCCUCUCAUUCACUACUUCCUGUUAGUGCCUUCUCAUUCACUACUUCCUGUUCUGCCCUCUCAUUCACUACUUCCUGUUUGUGCCUUCUCAUUCACUACUUCCUGUUCUGCCCUCUCAUUCACUACUUCCUGCUCGUGUUCAACCUGAUCAACCUGCUCUCUUUUUUUUGACUCUCUUUCGGAAGAAGUUCUGAACAUCCAUAUUGGCUCUGUGCUGCAGGCUCUGACUGAGUGACAGGCAGGAAAUUACAGUAACUCUUUGGUCUACCAGACACUGUGGCAGGCUUUUAUAGAAAUGGCUUCAGAGGAGGCAGCGAUCACCAUGGUGAACUACUACACCACAGCAACACCUCACGUACGCAACCAGCCAGUCUACAUCCAGUACUCCAACCACCGCGAGCUAAAGACAGACAACCUGCCCAAUCAGGGGAGAGUUCAGGCAGCAUUGCAGGCAGUUAAUGCAGUGGCGUUGGGUGGUUCAGCAUCUGGCGGUGACGGAACCCUGAUGCCAGGACAGAGCCCCGUGCUGCGCAUCAUCGUAGAAAACCUCUUCUACCCUGUAUCUCUGGAGGUGCUACACCAGAUCUUCUCUAAGUUCGGGACGGUCCUGAAGAUCAUCACUUUCACCAAGAACAACCAGUUCCAGGCGCUGCUACAAUAUGCUGACCCGAUGAAUGCCCACCACGCCAAAGUGACUUUAGAUGGCCAGAACAUCUAUAACGCAUGCUGCACUCUGCGUGUGGAGUUCUCCAAGCUGACCAGCCUGAAUGUGAAAUACAACAACGACAAAAGCCGAGAUUUUACCCGCCUGGAUCUUCCCUCUGGAGAUGGACAGCCUACCAUGGACCCUGCCUUGACUGCCGCCUUCGGUGCUCCAGGUAUCAUCUCUUCGCCUUACGCUGGGGCAGCAGGUUUUGGCCCCGCUAUCGGGUUCCCCCAAGCAGUAGGCCCGCCCUUUGACCUGCUAUCGUGCGUGCCCCCAGGUCUGUCCAUGCACACGAUGACCGGCGCUCUGGGACCCCUCGCCAUGCCCGGCUCAGUCUCGGGACGGAUGACCCUACACGGCAUGGCCCCCAUCGCUGUUCACGCCGUUCUCCUUGUCUCCAACCUCAACCCGGAUAGCAUAUCACCACAUGGACUGUUCAUCCUAUUUGGGGUGUAUGGUGAUGUGCAUCGGGUCAAGAUUCUGUUCAACAAGAAAGAGAAUGCCUUAAUCCAGAUGGCCGACGCUACUCAGGCACAGCUUGCAAUGUCCCACCUGAGCGGCCAGCGGCUGCACGGCAAGGUGAUCAGAGUGACCAUCUCUAAGCACCAGACGGUCCAGCUGCCCAGGGAGGGACAGGAAGACCAGGGCCUCACUAAAGACUUCAGCGGCUCCCCGCUACACCGCUUCAAGAAGCCUGGAUCCAAGAACUUUCAGAACAUCUUCCCUCCCUCUGCCACCCUCCAUCUAUCCAACAUCCCUCCAUCUAUAACAGAUGACAUCCUGAAGGAGCUGUUUGCUGGGACUGGAUACACAGUCAAGGCCUUCAAGUUCUUCCAGAAGGACCGUAAGAUGGCUCUGAUCCAGUUGGGUUCAGUGGAGGAGGCCAUCCAGGCCCUGAUCGACCUCCACAACCACGACCUGGGAGAGAACCAUCACCUCCGCGUGUCCUUCUCCAAGAGCACCAUCUGAACCGCCUCACCCAGCUCCCCCACCCCCAGGGCCUCGCUCCUGGGCUGGGAUAACCCCAUGCCCCCCCCACCCCCCAGGGCCUCGCUCCUGGGCUGGGAUAACCCCAUGCCCCCCCCCACCCACCCCCCAUCCCUAGCCCCUGUUGGGAGUGGCGGACAGAAACACCCACUUUUACUUAAAACAAACAACAGACAAUGAACUAGUUUAGAUGAUAUUGUUGUGUAAUAGACUACUGUAACACAAGGCCUUCAGACAGAGACUGAUAUAGAGACAGAGCUGAAGUAGGCUGGAAGGAGAGCUGGUUGAUUGAUUCAGGGCAUAGAGUACAACGGUGAUGUGGGCUGACAUGGUGCAUCAGUGCAUCCUUUACCUGGCAUUCGAGGACCCUAAUCCAGGAAGAGACUAGACCCUAACCCAGGGAGAGACCCCAACCCAGGGAGAGACUAGACCCUAACCCAGGAAGAGACUAGACCCUAAUCCAGGGAGAGACUUAGACCCUAGCCCAGGGAGAGACUAGACCCUAACCCAGGGAGAGACCCCAACCCAGGGAGAGACUAGACCCUAACCCAGGGAGAGACUAGACCCUAAUCCAGGGAGAGACUAGACCCUAAUCCAGGGAGAGACUAGACCCUAAUCCAGGGAGAGACUAGCCCCUAAUCCAGGGAGAGACUAGACCCUAAUCCAGGGAGAGACUAGACCCCAACCCAGGGAGAGACUAGACCCUAACCCAGGGAGAGACUAGACCCUAAUCCAGGGAGAGACUAGACCCUAACCCAGGGAGAGAGAUACUCAACACUCUUUGGAGGCUUCUGCCCAGUCUGUCACCCCGUCACCCACCCAGCCACUGACCCACCUACAGUCCCGGAGUGAGACUCCUCUAGCUGUGCUGCAUUGUUACAACUGAAGCCCCUUCUCCGUAACCAACAGCACACCACGCGUUAUGUGGUGGUGUUCCGUGGACGUUGUGUACCGUUAGACUGGUUUCUCUUCAGUGGGAUGACUUAUUACAGAUGAUUUACCUGAUGAGUCUGAGACGCUGUUCCAUUAACAGGUAUCGUCACGGAUACGGAGAAAGGGCGGUUGGCUGAUGAAGCUGGGUGCCAGUAGCGGCGACCCUCCUCCUGACCAAUGAACUGCCUCCAUUUUAAGUAGCGUUGGAAUGUUGAGCGAGGGGGACCAAUGAUCAGGCCCCCCUCCUCUGUGACAUAAUGGUGACAUCAUCGCGGUGCGACACUGAGUCUCAGAGCAGCUCAGCUAAACAUGACCACCACACCACUCAGAUCACCAUGACAACGACACACCUGUUUUGUUUUACAGUGUAUCAGUGGUUUUCAUUGAAAUGUAAACAGAAAGACAACCGUUCAAAGCUAAAUGGGAAAAUCUUCAUUUCUCUGUUUACUGUGCAGAGUCCUUGGACCAGACCAGGAAGUACAGUAGACUGCAGAGUCCUUGGACUAGACCAGGAAGUACAGUAGAGUAGACUGCAGAGUCCUUGGACCAGACCAGGAAGUACAGUAGAGUAGACUGCAGAGUCCUUGGACCAGACCAGGAAGUACAGUAGACUACAGUAGAGUAGACUGCAGAGUCCUUGGACCAGACCAGGAAGUACAGUAGACUACAGUAGACUGCAGAGUCCUUGGACCAGACCAGGAAGUACAGUAGACUACAGAGUCCUUGGACCAGACCAGGAAGUACAGUAGACUGCAGAGUCCUUGGACCAGACCAGGAAGUACAGUAGACUGCAGAGUCCUUGGACCAGACCAGGAAGUACAGUAGACUACAGUAGAGUAGACUGCAGAGUCCUUGGACCAGACCAGGAAGUACAGUAGACUACAGUAGAGUAGACUGCAGAGUCCUUGGACCAGACCAGGAAGUACAGUAGACUACAGUAGACUACAGUAGAGUAGACUGCAGAGUCCUUGGACCAGACCAGGAAGUACAGUAGACUACAGUAGAGUAGACUGCAGAGUCCUUGGACCAGACCAGGAAGUACAGUAGACUACAAUAGACUACAGUACAGUAGACUACAGUAGAGUCCAGUAUACUACAGUAGAGUACGAUAGACUACAGUACAGUAGACUGCAGU